AUAUUUCUUAUGUCCAAUGCAAAGAAACAUGGCUAGUCGUUUAUAUAUGACGCUAUACUGAUCGAUGAUUUAUCUCCCUGUGUUAAUUCUCAAUGAUGGCGUACUUCAUGUUGGGAUUUAUUGUAGUCAGUGUAUGUAUGCUGAAAUUUGUCGAACUGCGAGAAUGUGGAAAAAAAUCUUUGGGUCUACGUGACGAUGCUGGACUUCCAUACUACUUUUUUCAAGGCACAUCGUACAGCCCUGAAUGCAUGAAUAAAAACAUAAACAAAAAUGCAACUUCUGGGGCAACAUGGUGUCCUGAAAAAGGCAAAGAGGAUAAGAGUUUUCUUGAAGUGGACCUUGGUAAACAAUAUACUUUAUGUGGGGUAUCCACCCAAGGUGACAGCAAUGGUUUUACCAAGAGUUACAAGAUUGAACUAUCACCGGAAAGAAUUCAUUGGGAGUUUUAUUACAAAAACAGUGACAAGGUGUUUAAAGGCAACAACGACUCUACAACAGAAGUAUAUAAUGAAUUGAACGCCACUAGAAAAACGAGAUUUGUACGUUUUUAUCCCGUAUCCUAUAACACCAGUGCCUGCAUUCGAGUAGAGCUGUAUGGUCAAGAAAUCGUGAAAGAAAGAUGUGAAAAAAAUGUCAUAAAUGACGUCAACGCUCCUGGUAUAGUUGUCUCUUCGCUACCAAAUAUUCCUUUAAACAAACAUGCAGCCAUCUUAAAUGGCACUGAGCCGUGGUGUUGGUCAUCAAGUGACACUGAACCUUACCUUCGAAUAAACUUCGGAGCGUAUAUCGUUAUUUGUGCACUUCAAGUUAAUUUCAGCGGUGUGGUAGAAAUAUCAAACAACGAGUCCACGAAUGCUCAGGAAAUUAAUGGAUCAAAAUUUUAUGGCCAAGAUAAGAAGAUCCUGACUACGUUUCUACAAUUGAAGCCUGUGUCAUAUUUUAAAAAUACAACUUGUAUUUCUGUAAAGACGUUUGGCUAUCUCACCGAAGAUCUUCUGAAUAAUGACAUUGGUUUUCAAUACGGAGCUUCUUCAAAUGUUUUUCCUGACGAAAGCUUGGCAACUUCUUCAAACCAGUUUGAUAAGGUUCUUCAUAAUCCACGCGAUGGUAGACUGUACAAACCAUGGGAAUGGUGGAGUCCAAAAAAUCGAUAUUUGCCUUUUUAUCUUGAACUCAUCCUCGUUCAACAAUAUUAUUUAUUCGCUGUUUCAGUUCAAGGCCAAUCAACUUCUAAUUACAUGAAAGACUUUCGUGUAUCCUUCUCUGAUAAUUACAGAAAUUGGAAAGAUUAUAACACCAAGUUCAUUGUCAACUUUGAUGAUAAAAUCAUGAAGCAUUCUUUUGUCAAACCGUUUAAAGCUCGGAUAGUGAGGAUUCAUCUGCACACAUCCCCUAAAAAAUCGUCUCUGCGAGUUGAGCUUCACGGAAUUGUUGUCGAAGAAUCACAAGGCCAUUGUAAAAAAGCAUAUCCAUUGGGGCUUAGCAGCCAUGCAGAAGUAAUUCCAGACGAUAGUAUCACAGCAUCUUCAAAAUUAGAAGGUCUAAAUUUUGAACCUUGGUUUGCUCGAUUACGCAAGGGCGAUGACAAGUGUUGGUGUGGUAAAACAUUACCUAAUCAGGCCGUAAGGGUUGACUUUGGAAAAUUGGUCAGUGUUUUUGGAGUUGCGACACAAGGUUGUAAAUUAAUAUUGGGAAAAGUCGUUGAAUAUAAAAUCCGUUAUAGCUAUGAUAAUAGUAGUUGGUAUGGUUAUCCAAGCAACAGUUCUCUUCAGAUAUUUUCUGGUAAUUCGGGACCUGAAGAUGAGAUAUUUGCGAAUUGGUUGAACAAUUCUAUAACUGCGCGACAUAUUCUACUUGAGAGUCACGAUUAUAAAAAUUUUCCAUGUUUUCGCCUUGAAUUUUAUGGCUGUAGAUCAGAUGUGGUGAUGCCAGCUAUCAUAAAAAGAAGUGAUUCCAAAUCACUGAACAGAAGUUCAGCCGCAAGAAUCACUUUAGACUGUCAAAUUCGUGGGCAAGCAGGAUUGAUCGUGACUUGGAAAAGGGAUGGUAAAACUAUCAAAGGAUCUGAUUUCGAAAGUGUAAAGAUAAAUUACUCCCAAGAACUCGUGAUCUCCACGGUGACGACUACUGAGAUAAAUAUCAAUUAUAGAAAUGACAGAGAUAUUUUUUAUAACUUCAACUGUACCGGAAGCAAGAACAAUUCCCGCAGAUUGCUUUGUAGGACAGUCUACAGUUGUUCUGCAAGCUAUCCAGGAUCAUCUACUGCGUCACAAGGAAAUGUCCUCGUUACUAUUACACCAGAUAUAGUUCUUCCAGAUUCUCCAGGAAAUCCGUCAGUUAUCAACAUCAAAUCACGGUCAGCGGUAGUAACCUGGAGAGCGGCGGAUGAUUAUUUGGAAAGUCGACUGAAAAGAUACGUCAUUCGUGUUGUAAAUGAUAAUCAAACGAUGCAAUAUAAUAUUACUUCUGAAAUACAAAGAAAAAACUUUACCUACAAGCUGCAAAAUCUCACCGAGUAUACAUUCUAUAAUGUUAGCAUCGCGGCUGAGAGUGAAAUCGCUAUCAGCAAAUUCACUGAAAUAUCAUUUCUGACAUUGUUUGGACCUCAUAUAUACCUGGACGGACCGAGCCUAAGAAUUGUCAAACUAAAUGUAAAAAAUAACACCAUCCCAUGCAGAGGAAAAAGUUACCCGACACCGCGCGUAGUUUGGAAAAAGAACGGUACAUUAAUUCCUUCAGGAGAAAAUAUCACGACAGUUGCUGGUGACUCUGUUUACCAGAUAAUUACGAAUUCAGGAUGGGAUGAGAAAACAAAAGCUUAUUUAGAAGUUACAAGUACGUUGUUUUUAAGAACAAAUGGAGUCAAGGAAGAAGUUCAUGGAAUAUACACAUGUGAAGUUUUAAAUGUCGAUGAAAGUAGUAUACCAUUGAGUAAAAGGGUGGAAAUACAAUUUCCUCCGCACAUAACAAGACAUCUAAACGAUACGAAAAUGAAUGAAAGUGGUAACAUCACUUUUGUGUGUGAUGCUGAAGGUCCACCCAAACCUUCAUUUUUCUGGAAUAUUGUCAGAAAAAAUAUCAAAUUUGGAAAGAAGAUUAUUAAUGAAAAUGUCUUGGAACUAAGAAAUGUGACGAGUACUGGUAACUAUUAUUUCACAGUGAUAUGUAGAGCUUCCAGCAAAGCAGGAAAUGUUUCAACAAAUGCAACUGUACAAAUUUUGGUAAAGCCAAGAAUUAUUCACCUGAAUUCAAGCCUUACCGCGGAAUUAUACAGCGACAUUGUGUUAAAGUGCGAAAUUUUGGCAAAUCCCUCGGCCCAGAUUUGGUGGACGGUAAAUGGUAACAAGGCACAUCUCCGAAACAAUGUUCAGAUCUCGAAUGAUAACAAAACUUUUAUUAUUACGAGAGCUGUGCUAAAUAAUGCUGGAGAAUAUUAUUGCCAUGCAAGGAACAGUUUAUCUUACACAAAUAAAAGUUUAACACUAGAUUUUAAAGUACUGCCUAUAGCGUACAUCAUCGAUGGUAACUUAGUGAAGCUUAGACAAGGACAAAAGAACCGUAGUAUAACUUGUCUUGGUUAUGGUUAUCCCAAUACUAAAGCAACCUGGAAAUUCAACAACACAGUUAUCCCUGAGGAUUCAAAAUUAUCAAAAAGAAAUGGCAUGUAUCAGCAAAGAUCAGCGAAUAACCAAGCUCUAGAAAAUGUCAGCAGUAUACUGUAUUUUAACCAAUCUGGGAGCACGUUUGACGAUUCUGGAAAUUACACAUGUGAAGUUUCUAUAGGACAAGAGUCAAAAAAUGACUCGAAGAUCGUGAGAGUUAUAUUUUACCCUAUUAUUUUGACUCCACCGAGAAAUAAAACAUCUUUGCAAGAUCGUAACGUACGUUUUGACUGCGAAGUUGAUGGUCGACCAUUUCCUCAAACAUCCUGGUUGUUCAAGAACCAAACUGUCUCUACCAACCACAGCACUUUGUCCAAUGGCAGCUUACUCUUAUAUUCUGUUCAAAAUAACGCAGAAUACGAAGGAAGUUAUUCAUGUCUUGCUAAAAAUGAAGCAGGUUCAAGUAAAAAGUCAAAUGCCUUCCUCACAGUCCAUGUUGCAACAAGAAUACUGAGCAUAUCAGAAACUGAAGUUUAUCAACUAAAUGACAGCGUAAUUUUAACAUGCAACGUAUCAGGUGAUCCACGACCAAAUAUCGCAUGGUCAAAAGGCACAAAUCCUUUAGGACCUCCGAGGUUCCUCCUGUCAAAUGAUGACCAAUCACUAACAAUUGUAAAUGUGACGCUGCGAGAACAAGGAACGUAUUUUUGUGAGGCAAGAAAUAAAUAUGCGACCGUCCAAAGAAAUGUUACUGUCAAUGUCGAAGUCCGUCCUGAAGCAAUUGUAAAUGUUUCAUCAGUCAUAAAUUUUACGAGUAUUAAAGAGCAAGUAAUCGUCCGUUGCGAAGGUAGAGGAUAUCCUACGCCAGUUGUCAGAUGGUUCAGAGAUGGAGGAAUGGUAACUACAAACAGAUCAGUGACCCCGGGUGUUUACCAGCGUAUUGGUAACACUGAACCAAGUAAAUUUCUUGGAUGGAUCUCAGCGAUUCUUUAUGUCAAACCAGACGCGAGUCACGCUCAGUUUGGAAACUACACUUGCAAUGUAACAAAAUUGAAGGAUAGUCAGAAAGAUCUUAAAAAUGUUGAAAUAGUUCUGGUACCCAGUGUUUUUAUUACUAAAUCCCCCAACACAAGCACAGUUUUGCAGGGUACAAACGUCACAUUUAACUGCACAGCGAUUGGUGUUCCAAAACCCACUGUAACCUGGAACACGGCAGUCAGAAGGAACACGACACUGGUACCCAGUGUUUUAGGAACAAGUGUUUUAGCGUUAAAGAAUGUAACUAAUAAAGAUGAGGGAAUGUAUGAAUGUUCUGCUCAUAAUAGAGGAAGCCCUGUGAAAAGGAAAAUUAAAUUAAUUGUCCAUGUUCGACCACAAAUACUGCAAGACCUAAAAGACAAUGACAUUGAAAAUGGUACUUCAUAUGUGCUCAACUGUAGCGCUUAUGGUGACCCCAAAUUGACAUAUUCUUGGCUUUUCAAUGGCAAAAAGUCAAUCCCAAAUGCUGCCAAAAAUAAUACAAAAAGUUCUCUAUACAUCAAUCCAGUUACGGUCGAUAAUGAAGGAAUAUAUACAUGUAUGGUUUCAAAUAUUGAAGGAAAUAAGACAACAACAGCGAAUAUUACUGUCUUUGCACGACCCAAAAUAUCUAAUUCUCCUGUAAAUCAAACUCACAAUGAGACUGAACGUGCAAUAUUUUCGUGCGGUGGUAGUGGAAUUCCUACUCCUCGUGUUAUCUGGAGGAGAAAUAAUCGGUCAAUAUCGAACUCUUCAAGGAAACUCAUGAAUAAUGUUCAUGGACCGUAUAACACCAUAAAAUCAUGGUUAAGAAUAAGUAGCCUAAGUUAUGCUGACAGAGGAGAAUAUUCCUGUGAAUUGAAAAACAGAAAAGAUGGAGAUAGAACAACAUCAGUUUUGGUUGUUCACGUUCGUCCUAUUGCAACAAUCGCGGUUACUCCAAACACCAAACGUGUGAAGAUUGAAAAACCUGUCUUGUUUACCUGCACAAUUUAUGGUUUCCCUCGACCUCAAGUAUCAUGGAUGAAAAAUAAAGAAGAAUUGACUAGAAACAACUCGCGCUACAGUAUUAGUUUUCCGCAGAGAAAUAUUUCAAAUCUAAUUUCUUGGUUUAGUUAUCUCGAGAUUAAAAAUCUUACGCGAAAUGAUUCUGCGAAUUACAGCUGCUUUCUAAGAAAUGAUGCUGGAACAGACAUCGACCACGUUUCACUUGUUGUAUUAGAACGACCUGAUCCAGUCGACCUAACAGCUAAGAAUAUCACAGCCAGAUCCGCGCUCCUACAAUGGAAGGCAAAUUUUCAGGGCAACAGCGAUAUAAAAUUUUAUAACCUGACGUAUUUUGUCGUUGGUAGAAAGUCCGUUACAAUGCUGAAAAAAAGUUUCCCAUCUAACGUAAUGUCAUAUGUGACUUCAGUGAAGCCUUACCGAAACUACACCUUUGAAAUCACCGCAGAAAAUGACAUCGGUGUCAGUGAUGUGGCUUCUACUUCCGCACAAACAAAAGAAGACACGCCAUCUAAGCCACUGAAUUUGAUUGCCUAUGUGACGUCAAACACAACCGUUCAUUUAUCAUGGGAACCACCCAGUAAUAGUAACGGUAUCAUACUAGAAUACCUUGUAUACUAUAAGAAAACAAAAGAAAAGAACGGUAACAUCUCCAAUUCAACUGUUGAAACGGAAUAUAGGAUUGACAAACUCACACCUUACACCAACUAUUCAUUCUGGGUUUACGCUGUGACUUCGGUCGGUAGGGGCGAUAAAAGUGUAACAAUAUGGAACAUGACUUUUGAAGGAGUUCCAACGGAGCCACAAAGCGUUACGGCAGAACCGUUGAACAGCACAUCAAUUUCUGUAAAUUGGACGAAACCUGCGAAUACGUUUGGUAUAAUUCUCAAGUAUGUCGUUUACUACCGAAAAACGACUGACAAAAAUGGUUGGGAAAAAGGAAGCGUAUCGGGAAAUGAAUAUUUUGUGCGUUUGACUUCACUCGAAGUGAAUACUGAAUAUCAUAUCUUGGUCCAGGCAUUUACUUCUGCUGGAGGUGGAGCGAGGAGUGAAAUCAUAAAUUCGACCACUGAAAAAGGACAUCCUGUAUCGCCAACAAAAGUUCCGGGAACGUUUAAGCCUAGCGAAAGCAGUUUUGAUUCUAAGACUAUGGUAGCCUUAGAACUGCCGAAGUUCGCGGACAAGAAUGGAGAAAUCUCUUUUUACAUUGUUAUUGUGGCAAUGCUGGAUGAUACGAAAGAAGAUACAAAUGAUAUUUUUGAUAAAAAUAUUCAGUUUUCGUCCGAGCAAUGGAAUAAACGUGAAACUGGAAUUCCAUAUGUAGUUUUUGCAUUUAAAGGCAAUGUAUUUGAAGAAUACAAGUAUUUUAUUGUCGGGAAUGGCGAGAAAUACGACGACCCAUUCCCAGAAGAAAGCGAGCCAAGAAGAAAAAGAGCUAUAACGGAAUACGAAAAUGGUCCCCUGAUAUCCAGCAGGAAGUAUGCAGUGGCUCUCCGAGGAUACACAACAAAGGAUAAAUACGCCACAACCGAUGCAUUAGUGGUUAGUACUUCACCCGCAGACAGUGGAUCUAGGACAGAUGAAGAUUCUAAUCCUUUGAUUUGGAUCGUUCCGCUUGUCAUAAUAUCAAUUUUGGGUGCCAUUUUUGUCGCUCUUUGGUUUCAGAGAAAGUGUAAAAAAAGAGACAACACCAGUCUAGAUUCACCAUACCAUAGACAUCCACCUACCGGAAUCAUUAGUCCUAUACCACUCGCUGAAUUUAGAUUUUACCUUCGAUCAAAAGAAUUUGGGGAUAACGAAUUCCGAAGCAUUCCGGCCACAGUGAGCAGAGAGACGAGCGAUGCUACUUCAGACGUUAAUAUGUCAAAGAAUCGAUACAGAAACAUUGUACCUUAUAAUUACACAAGAGUACAUCUUCAAAGAGAAGAAAGAGAUCAAAAUACAGAUUACAUUAACGCCAGUUUUAUAAAGGGAUACCGAGUUCCGUCAAAAUAUAUCGCAACCCAAGGGCCGCUACCUGCCACAUGUGAUGACUUCUGGCAAAUGGUUUGGGAGCAAGAUGUAAACAUCAUUGUAAUGCUGACAGGUUUAGAGGAAAAAGGCAUUGUGAAGUGUUACCAAUACUGGCCUGCUAACAGUGAUGAGAAACGAUACGGCAAAUUACAACUCAAACUAACUGGUGAAACAAAACUUGCUGAUUUUACAACACGAUACUUUGAAAUAAAGGAGAUAGAGACGGGACAGGUUCGUCUCGUUCAGCAUCUUCACUUCACAGCAUGGCCUGAUCAUGGAGUCCCCAAAUAUCCAGGGCCGCUCCUACAUUUCCAUAAACGAUACCGAUCAGGAUUGGCAGGGCAGUCAGGCCCAGAACCAGUUGUAGUUCAUUGCAGUGCUGGUGUGGGUCGAACAGGAACCUUUAUUGCCGUUGAUUACAUAUUGCAUAAGUUGGAUGAGGAAAAAGAUGAUGAUCCUUCGAUUGAUAUUCCAAAUGUUGUUAGAGAGAUGCGAAAACAACGUGUUUACAUGGUUCAAACCGAGGCACAAUACAGAUUUAUCCAUCAUGCAAUCUUGGAAGCAAUUUCCUUUCCUGAUACGGAAAAAUCGUCUACUGAUAUUCGUGAAAGAGCUGCUUCAUUACGGGAAAAUAUUCCUGGCACCAUAAAAACAAAAGGGAAAGAGCUUUUCGAGAACCUACAAAAGAGAGUCGAGCAAGAAUCUUGCGAAGAUGGAUUUUCAAGUGAUAACCAGAAGAAAAACAGAUCUCAACUUCUACCUUUUGAUUAUAAUCGGGUCCACCUGGAGGAGGUUCAAAACAGAACUGAUUACAUAAAUGCCUCAUUUAUAUGUGGAUAUCAAUUUGCCGAGAACUUCAUUGCAACUCAACACCCAAUGUCUAAUACGGUGAAUGAUUUCUGGAGAAUGAUACACGAACAGAAAUCCGCCGUUGUUGUAGCAAUUUCGACCAGGGAAGAGUUGAAUGCGCUUGGUCCAUAUUGGCCAGAGGACGGUUACACUUCGUAUGGACCGAUUACAGUUGCUUUUGAAGAAAUAAACAGAGAUUUUGCUGCUUCUGGAUUUACCAUAAGAAAUUUCAAACUGUCAGAUACUCGGGAUAAUGUUGGCUGUUCUUUAUCAGUGACACAUUUCCAUUUUGAUGGCUGGUCCCAAAGAGUUUUGCCUUCGACAUCGUCGAUGCUCUGCCUGUUAGCCGAGGUCGAGAAGGCUCAAAGAUCAUCUGGAAAUAGGCUGGUUACAGUCCAUUGCGAUAACGGAGGGGGUCGGACUGGAACAUUUUGCGCCCUGGUAUCUUGCAUCGAACGUGUCAAAGUUGAAAACAACAUCGAUUUACAAAUGACUCUUCGAAAUCUUCAAGCACAAAGAAAGGAGAUGAUAGCAAAUGAGGCACAAUAUAUCUUCUGUUAUGACGUCGUAUCAGCAUUUUUGACGUCAUUUGAUGAACAGAUGUACGCCAACUUUAAAGGAAAAGACGCGAAAGCUGAAGAUGAACAUGAUGGUGAUGGUGGUGGUGAUUACUCAAAAACAACUAAGGACGAUAAAAAUAGAUUAGUCACCAACUUUUAGCUUUUAAACACAAAACAUAAGUUUUUAAAGUACCUAUAUAUAAUCCGUUACAAAUGGCGAGAAUCGUUCAACAAGUGGUUGAUUUAAACAGUAAAAAUAUUUAGUCUGAAUUCAUUCUACCAAAUCAUUCGUUUCCAAUUAUUCAUGCGAUUUCAUUUAUACUAGAAGUCAGUAGAACACUUAUAGAAAAAUAGAGACGCUCGUUCAAACGCGGUAGCCAUUACUGACAAGUAUUAUUGUUGGUUCUGUUCGAACUUUUUUUUGGGUAAUGUCGAGAGGUUUGGAACUAAAAAGAGAUCAUUGUUGCCUCGUUUGAGUGAGUCAUAAUAUAUACAAUUAUGUAUAUUAGAUACAUUUACAUAUAUACAUAUAUAUAACAAGAUUAUCCUUGCAACUUGGUCACAUUCCUCGUUCUUCCAUGUAAAGCUCCCGGGUAUGUCGUUCUUCUUCCACAGAAAGCACGUACAAGAAUAACAAGUUUAUGGAAGUGUUAAGGCUUUGCAAGGAUUUAGUUUCAUAGAACUACAGUAUAUUUUUACAAUAUUCCAGAUCGUAGGCUUUAACUUCUUACUUAGUAAAAAGUUGUAGAGAUAUUUGUCUCAAAAUAUUUUAAAUAAAUUGCAGAUUCAACGCGGUGGCGCAGGAU